AUGAAUUGGGAGGACAGAAUGGCACAGCUGCAGAAAGAUGCUCAAGAAAAUGAGUGUCGAGAGUUGAUUGAAGUUCCUUCAGGACAUGAUUAUCAAAUUCGCCAAUAUAUUGAGAAAUAUCCACAAUUUUUGUGGAAAUAUUCUGAAGGAGUGACAAUUCCAGGAUACGUUUUAAACAUAGCAGAACAAUUGAACAGUGAAUAUGGAAAUGUUGAAAAUAUUCCGAUUGACUUGUAUCCAUGCGAAUACUAUAGAAUUGUGGAGCAUAGCAUGCCAACUGACAUUGGUCUUCAGCCGAAAAGAUUCGACAGAAUCAAGGAAAAUCUUACCGAGAAAUUGCAACAGGUUUUUAGACAUCAAGAUGCGGAUCUAUAUAUGCCAGAAAAUCACCUCAUUCCAACCGUCGCAUGCGCUGUUUGCAUCCAAGGUACAUGGUAUCGCGGAAAAAUUGAAAAUGUACCGCCACGGGGAAUCUGGAUGUAUGUCAAUUUGAUUGAUGCUGGAAUGAGCCGCCAGGUCAUGAAAAGUGACGUUCGAAGACUUCCGCUGGCUUUUGGGCAUUAUCCACCAAUGGUGGUGAAGGCAACUAUUCGUGGUGCUGUUAUUCACAGGAUGGACCGAGGUAAAGUGGAUCAAUUCCAAAAUAUGAUUCGAAAUAUCGAUUACCUGGCUCGUUGUCAGAUUACUACUUGCACUGAGCCAUUCCAAAUAGUUCUAUGUCAUCCGAAAUAUGAGUUCAUGAACAUGUGCUCAUUCUUGUUAGCUCCUCGGCGAGGACAACCAUCUCAAGAGGGAGUUUGGAUUCCUAGAGAAAUUGCAAAACAGCUGGAGCGAGAAAAUGGAUUCGAAAGGAACGAUUACGAUGAUUCUGGUGCUGAUUCUGACUUUCUAGAGGACGAAGAAGAAGAGGAUGCUGGAUGGGAUUAUGGGGAGGGUGAUGAUUACGCCUAUUUGAGAUCGUUCCCACCGGCGUGUAAAAUUUUUAGGAUGUCUGAAGAUGAAUUUAUGGUCGAGCGAAUCGAAAAUGAACGAAUUAUUUAUCUUACCUCUAAAGAUAUGCUUGAAAGGAGACGUGAAGCGGAGGAGUAUCUUACAAAAGAGAAAGAAUCCCUAGAAUCGUUACCAGACGUCUGGAUGGCUUAUGGUACAUCAUGCUCUGUAUUCCAUCAAGGCACCAUGAAAAGAGCUUCUUGUUGUGGAGAGGAAGGCUCGACUAUUCAGCUUUUACUCAUCGAUUAUGGAAUAAGUAUAGAAGUGUCCAAAUCCGAUGUGUACAACAUUCCUAACAAGGAUGAAGUCAAUAUGGAACCUUUUGUGACCCUUGUUUCAAUCAAAUCAUUUCCAUUCAUUCAUUAUUCUCGCGUUAAAAUCCUUCAAGAACUUCUUCCUCGUGGAACUCCUGUCAAAUUUCACCGUGACAGGAAAUGUAAAGAAAUUCCAACAAAGGGCGAGAUUUAUCAAAUGAAUGGAACAUCUGUGGAGCAAUCUGUCAGUGAAAUAGUAUCAUCUUGCCAACUGGAUCUCGAAUGCAAUUCUCUUUUACCUUCCCGUAUUGCAAAUAAUGAACUCACACAAUUACUGGCUUACUGCAUCAAUUAUGAGUUCAUGUACAAAUCACCGAACGUGGUUAUCUAUAAGAAGUCAAAACGUGUGAAAUCUCAUUUUUAAAUUUACAUGUAAAUAUUUAUAACUGUAAUUAUAUUUUAUGAACGGUUGGCUUUUUAAAUAAAUAAAAAGGUAAAUUU